AUGGCGAUCGAACAAGGCCCAAGCAUCACGACGAAAGAAAGAAGACUAUUGGUUCUCUACGCAAGCCAAACCGGAACCGCAGAGGAUGUGGCCCAACAGAUCUCCAGAGGCGCACGAAGGCUCCACUUCAACACCGAGCUAGCAUCCAUGGACGGAUACGACCGGGACAAGAUCUUCGAUGAGGAUCUGGUCAUCUUCGUAUGCUCAACAACCGGACAGGGCGUCCAGCCACAGAACAUGACCAAGUUCUGGAACGCACUCAAACUGGCCAGCCUACCCACCGACUUCAUCGACAACAUCCGCUUCACCAUCUUCGGCCUUGGAGACUCCAGCUACCCGAAAUUCAAUUGGGUGGCCAAGAAGCUCUUCAGAAGACUGGCCCAGAUCGGCGCUCAAUCGUUCUACGAGCGCGGUGAGGCUGAUGAUCAAAAUCCGAACGGGAUCGAUUCUACUCUCCUACCUUGGCUAGACGGACUGUGGAAGAAACUGUUGGAGAUCAAACCACUACCAAACCAUCUAACCCCAAUCCCACCCACCACCUGUCUCCCGCCCUCCUUUCGACUCCAACCGGCAUCCGAACCCAUCCCCAAACUGCUUCCAACCCCGCCUCCUCCUGAUCUCCUUUCGGCCACCCUGACCAAAAACCAACGGCUAACAGCACCAGAUCAUUGGCAAGAUACUCGACAUCUUGAAUUUGAAUCAGAUCAGACACUCGAAUUCGAACCAGGAUCAGUUUGCGAAAUCUUGCCAGAAAACUGCCCAGAGGAGGUCGACAAAUUGUUCAAAUUAAUGAAAUGGACCGACUUAUCUGACCAAGUCUACAAACUCACACGUUGCGAUUCGAAUCAAGAUCUUCCCGUCGGAUGGAACCUAUAUGCCACUCUGACAGAAAUCUUCACGACUCGCUUGGACUUUAUGGCCGUACCCGGUAGAUCGUUCAUCGAUUGGCUAUCCCAUUUUACCAGCGAUCCGAUGGAGACCGAACGACUACAAGAGUUCUGCUCAAUAGAAGGCCAGGAUGACUUGUUCGAAUACACCAGACGUCCUCGACGUACCAUCCUCGAAGUCUUGUCCGAGUUCAAGUCGGCCUCAAUUCCUCUCGAUUACAUCCACGAUGUUUUUCCUCAAAUCCGACCCCGACUAUUCUCGAUUGCCUCUUCCCCUAAGCUCUUUCCAAAUCAGAUCCAGUUACUAGUUGCCGUAGUAAAUUACAAAACUAGACUCUCAGUUCCUCGAAAAGGGUUGUGUACGAGUUGGCUGUCAAAACUUGAGAUUGGCACUCGAAUACCGAUCCGGAUCAGCCCCGGAUACGUGACUUUUCCGAAAGAGCCUAGCCAGCCGGUGGUCUGCAUUGGGCCGGGUACGGGGAUCGCGCCUUUUCGAGCACUGAUCCAGGACCGAUCGAGUUAUCCUGAUCUGUCCGAUGAAUCUGAUCCUUCCACGUUGGUCCUAUUCGGCUGUCGCGCUGAGAAGAUGGACUUUUAUUAUCGCGAUCAGUGGUCGAAAUUCGUCGAUCGUCGGGUCUGCACUUUCUUGUGGACUGCUUCUAGAGACCAGGAGAAUAAACGAUACGUACAAGAUUUGAUCGUCGAAAAUGCCGCUUUGGUUUGGAAAUACAUGGCCAUUGAUAACGCCCAUAUUCUCAUCUCCGGAUCUGCGGGGGAGAUGCCUAAAGGCGUUCGAUCUGCAUUGAAAAAAGUUUGUGCUAGUCAAGGCGGAUUGGACGAGAAGCAGGCAGAUGACUUCAUGGAGAGGUUAGAAGUUCUUGGGAAAUUACAAGAAGAUACUUGGAGCUAA